UUUGUAAACCCAUGUUUCUGUUCUGGGCUGAGGCUCCGUGUGCGGAUACUGGAUUAAUCUGCAUGUUUUUCUUGGUUUUAAACAUGUUUUGUCUCAUAACUCGACCGGACGGAGUGGUUAUGGAGGUGGAGGCUGACCCCAAGGCGAACGGAGAGGACUGUCUGAACAAGGUGUGUCAGAGACUGGGCAUCAUCGAGGUGGAUUAUUUUGGGCUCCAGUUUACCGGGACUAAAGGGGAAAGUCUGUGGCUGAAUUUAAGGAACAGAAUCUCUCAGCAGGUGGACAGCAUGUCUCCAUGCAGGCUGAAGCUGAGAGUAAAGUUCUUUGUGGAGCCUCACCUCAUACUGCAGGAGCAAACCAGGCAUUUGUUUCUGAUGCAUGUAAAAGAGGAACUUGUCAGAGGAAGCUUGAGUUUGGACUCGGAUCAGGUGGUGGAACUGUGUGCUCUGCUGGGCCAGGCAGAAUUCGGGGAUUACAACCAGAACACAGCCGAAUAUUUCUACACCCAGAUCUACGGCGUGGAACCUGCCACUGACAUUAUUAACAGCGUUACUGAGCGGCACAGAGAGCUGGAGGGUUUGAGCCAGGCCUCAGCGGAGUACCAGGCCCUGCAGCUGGUGUCCUCCCUGGAGAACUACGGAGUGGAAUGGCACUGGGCUCGGGACACUGAGGGACAGAGGGUGGCCAUUGGGGUGGGCCCAAAGGGUCUGCUCAUCUGCAAAGAGGAUUUCACACCUAUUACCAGGUUCAUAUAUCCAGCUAUUCAAAUGGCGACGCAGUCUGGGAAGAACGUGUACGUGACUAUCACUAAAGAUGAUGGAGAUAACCUGGUCCUUCUGUUCAAAUUCAUCACCACCAGCGCUGCCAGCGGACUGUACCGAGCCAUUACUGAGAUCCACGCUUUCUACAGGUGUGACACGGUGACGAGCGCUGUGAUGAUGCAGUACAGUCGGGAUUUUAAGGGCCACCUGGCUUCGCUCUUCCUGAACGAGAACAUCGACCUGGGCAAGAAGUACAGCUUCGAUAUCCAGCGCACGUCUAAAGAGGUGUACGACCGUGCCCGGCGCGCGCUGUUCAGUGCAGGGUUAAAGAAGGACGCUCAGCAGCCCGGUCUGUCCCCGUGCAGCCGGACGCACGCGGGGGACGAGGAGGAGGUCUGCAGGCAGAAGCUCCAGAGGCUGCAGGAGGCUCUGACCUGCGUUCUGUGCUGCGAUGCCGAGAUCGACUGCGCCCUCUGCCCCUGUGGACACGUCAUCUGCUGCCAGAACUGCGCCAACCAACUUCAGCACUGCCCGAUGUGUCGUUUGGAGGUGAAUCGCAUUCAGCACGUCUACUUACCCACUUCUAAAAGUCUGCUGGGACUUGUGGAGCCACGCAGGGAUGAGGAUGCUGAGCACAUUGGACUGACUUCCCAUAGAAACAUAGCAGAGGGAUACAGAUGAAUAUUGCAUUGUAAGACAUUGUAAAGGAAAAGAACAGUGUUGGUCAUAUUGUACUCUACUCUACUCUACUCUGUUGGAUUUGAGUUGAGUUUGGCCUCAACUAUCAGAAAUGAGGGAAUCUUGGUAUCCUUCAGCUCCAAACAAACAGGGUUUUGUCCGUUGGGUCUAUUGUAGAUCAGGCCCAUACAGGUUCUGUCCAAGCCCGAGCCCACCCGGCCCAUACACUGUUUUUGUGAGCCUGAGCCCGAUUUAAACAAGACAUUUUUAAAAAAUAAAUAGAGCUUUAAAACUGAGCUUUUUUAAAACAAUAGAAUGAAAGUUGGGCCGCUGUUAAGCAGGUUUUUAUAAUGUGAGAUUCAAAGUUUGAACGCUAGGUGUCAGAAACGGGCCAAAGAGACGGAUAGGGUGCGCAUUUCUAGCACAGAAAAACAGGGCAAAGAGUCUAAAAGCGUAGAGGGUGCGCAUUUCUAGCGCAGAAAAACGGGCCAAAGAGUCUAAAAGCGUAGAGGGUGCGCAUUUCUAGCGCAGAAAAACGGGCCAAAGAGUCUAAAAACGGAGAGAGUGCGCAGUUAUAGCACAGAAAAUCGGGCCAAAGAGUCUAAAAGUUGCCGUAAUUAAGGAGUUUUACAUUAAGAGACAUCAUGAAAUUGAACAUCAAUUUGAAAAAUCUUAGUUUACACAACACUGUCAAAUAUAAAGAUAGUAAGUCAAGUAAAAUGGUGUGUAAAUUAAAUAAUCAGGAAAAAUGUAUUAUUUAAAGUGGUAUAUAUUCGAUUAUUUGUUUUAUUACAGAGUCUGUGGCCCGUGACUUCAAAUAUAUUUCUCCUUCUGGCCCCCAACAAAAAAAGUUUGGACACCCCUGUACCAAAUGAUACUCCAUUGAGUAUCUGAUCUAGAAUUGAUCUGAUCUAUAAUUUAUUAGGAAUUAAGGAAUGGGUUUACAUCCAUGCCAACACUAUAUGUUUUAUGUUAAGGUGGUGGUCUUGUAUUCAAAAUACAUUUGGGAAGUUACAUUCUAAUUGUGCAAUUGAAUCUUUAACCAUGUUUUGUUUUUGAGUUAUAUACUGCCAAAAACACUCCAUGGUAUAUAUUACACAUAGCAUUCCUUUUUUAUCUGAAUGUUGUAUCUGAAUAAUGUAUUUUUCUAAAAUGGGAUUCUAUAAAAAAGUUAUGACAAAGAAGUGGCCUAUUUUUUUUUCUUUAGUCUCAUACAUUGUUUACUGUGUUUUUUAAAUCAAUUAUAUUAGUUUAUUUUAAGGAAGAACACAUACAGUUAUUUAUUUAAUUUUUUUGCUUUUUAAUUUUUUUUUAAUCGUGCCAUAUUUUUUGCACUAUAAGGCGCAGAUAAUUAUAAGGCGCAUUAAUGCAUCACUAGUAAGGAACAGGGGUGUUGCCAUGUUUUUCUUCUAAUUCAGCAGGUCUCACUGCUGGUUGGCGAGAUCUGUAAAGCUAAAGUUAAAUAACCAAACCUAUAAAAAAAAAAAAAAACAUUUUCUUUAAAGUCAAACAAGCACUGGAUGUUAAUCUAAACAGAUUUUCUCUUGAAAACUGUUUUUUUUGGAUGAGUAAAGCAAAUAGCACCUUAUAAAACGUAUACAGGUGACGGUGUGAAUGAAAUGAAAUCAGCUGUGAAUAUUUCCAAUAGAAUGAUUAUUAUGAUCAUUAUACUUAUGUAUUUGAUUUGAUAAUGAUGUAUCGGUACCACUUUAAAAUAGGACUACCUUUAUAAAUGGCUUUAUAAAUGCUUUACAAUUAGUUUAUUAAUGGUUACUAAUUAGAUCAGUUAUAACACAUACCUACAAAGGGCAACAAUGACCUGUUGUUUGCCAAAUAGUGAACCCACAGCCAUCUAUAUUAUUGCCCUUUCUAUGUAUGUAUGUUUAUAUGUUAUAACACCACUGGCGGAGAGGAGAGCCCUCAGCAAGCUGCUGAACAUCAUGGACAGUGUUCAGCACCCUCUGCACCCAGAGCGCCACCACCAGGCAGAGGAGCUCAUUCAGCGGCAGACUGCUGUCCCAGUCCUGCUCCACAGACAGACUCAGACUCAGAAUGUCUUUUGUCCCUCAGGCCAUAAGACUGUUCAACUCCUCUCAGCACAGCAAACUGAAGACUCUGUGACACUUUUUCAUUCCGGCAAUUCUGGUCACACCAUGGACACGCCCCCAUCUAUGGACACACUCUCAGACUUGCUGAUGCCUAUAACACUGUUAUAACAUAUAACACUACUAGUAGUUCGUUCACUAGUUCACUCAUCUACUGUUUACGGUUCUUUUGCACUGAUAAAUUUAAAUAAUUAUAAAACUGUCUAUUUGCACUUUCUGUAUGGCUGACAUCAGUUAUCCUCACUUUAUGCACUUGGUGCAUAAACUAUCAACUGGUGUUCACUGUCUAUUGUUCAACUGCACUACCUCCAUUCUCCAUCACACACACACUAAAGACUGUACUUUUAUACUUUUCAUUUUAUCUUUUAUUUUAUUGUAUUUAUAUGUAUCAUUAUAUUUUAUCUUUUUUUUACUUUGUGUACUGUAUACCUGCUGCUGGAUGUCUAGAAUUUCCCCUCGGGCAUCAAUAAAGUAUCUAUCUAUCUAUCUA